AUGAGUUUAUUAACAAAUAGAAAGAGACCAAGGGGUUAUAGUGAGAAUUUUAUAAAUCAAGAUCAAUCCAAUAGUAGUAAUAAUAAUAAUUCUAAUGAUAUAAAUUAUCAACAACAAUUACAACAACAACAAUAUCAUUUACAACAAGUUCAACAACAAUAUCACCAGACGCCUCAACAACAACAACAACAACAACAAUCACAUAAUUCUUACCACGUUCUUAAUAAUAAUAAUCAACAGCCUUCAAUUCAAAAUCAAUUAAAUUUUAAUUCAUUUCAAAAUUCAAAUCAAUUUAAUUCAUAUGAUUCAGAUUUAACAUUAACAGACUCAACUAAUAUAUCUAAUUUAUCUAAUUUAUCAAAUUUAUCAACAUUUAAUGAAUCAAAUUUAAAUAAUAAUUAUUUACAACCAAAAAAAUCAAAAUUUAAUAAUCCUUUUUUACUGGUUGAAGAAAAUGAUGCAAUUAUUGAUGAUAAUGAUGAUGAUUUAAAUACUUUUAUAUUAGAUGAAGAAGAAAAUAGUAAUAGUAUUAAUAAUCAGGAGAGUAAGAGUUUCAAUUUUCAGGAAGAAGACAAUGAUGAUGAUGAUGAAGAAGAUGAUUAUGAUGAAGAUGAUAUUAUAAUAAUUGAAGAAAAGAAUAUAAUACCGAAAAGUAAACGAAAUAAUAGUGAUUCAAUACUUAUUAAUAGGGAUGCUCAAUUAGCUUAUAAUUUAUUUAAUGUAAAUAAUCAACAACAACAACAAUUACAACAAUUACAAAAUUAUGAAUUUGAAAUUGAUGAUAAACUAUCUAAUUCCACAACCAUCAACAACAAAAAACAAAGAACAAGUUCAUUACCUCAGUUACCUCAAGUUAAAUGUUUUUAUAAUAAACUACCAAAUAAUUAUAUUUUACAAACUCCAAAAUUAGGUAAUAUUAAAACUAAUAUAAUACCUUAUCAAAAUAAUUUACCACCAUGUGAUGAUGAAAAUGGUCAUUAUAUUAUAAAAAUAAAUGAUCAUUUUGCAAAUCGAUUUAUUAUAAUGAAAUUAUUAGGUCAAGGAACUUUUGGUAAAGUCGUACAAUGUUAUGAUAAAGUAAAUAGAGAACAUGUUGCUAUAAAAAUAAUUCGAAAUAUUCAAAAAUAUAGAGAUGCAGCAAAAAUUGAAUUAAGAAUACUAUCAACCCUUAAAAAAUUUGAUAAUUCCAACAAGAAUCAUUGUAUACAUUUAAGAGAAUGUUUUGAUUAUCGUGGUCAUAUAUGUAUUGUAACUGAUUUAUUAAAAAUAUCAUUAUAUGAUUUUUUAGAAAAUAAUAAAUUUAUUUCAUUUCCAGGUAGUCAUAUUCAAGCUAUUGCAAAACAAUUGAUUAGAUCAGUUACUUUUUUACAUGAUUUAAAUUUAAUUCAUACUGAUUUAAAACCAGAAAAUAUCUUAUUACAUGAUGAUUCUUUUACUAAAAAACAAAUUCAUUCAUCCACAAUUACAACUGCAUUUAUGAAAUUAGGUAAUAAUUCAAACUUAAAAAAAGAACCAAGAUUAUCAAAAGUUUUAAAAAAUCCUUUAAUUCAAAUUAUAGAUUUUGGAAGUGCUGUAUUUAAUGAUGAAUAUCAUAGUUCAAUAGUUUCAACAAGACAUUAUAGAGCACCAGAAAUUGUAUUGGGAACAGGCUGGUCCUACCCUUGUGAUAUGUGGUCAAUUGGAUGUAUAUUAGUUGAAUUAAUUAUAGGUGAACCACUAUUCAAAACUCAUGAUAAUUUAGAACAUUUAGCAAUGAUUGAAAAAAUAGCUGGCUAUAAAAUUGAUAAAGAAAUGGUUAAAUUAUCAAAAUUAAAAGAAAAUGAAUGUGGAUUAGAAUUUUUCACAAAUGAAUAUAUUAUUGAAAAUCAUAACAAUAACAACAACAACAAUAACACCAUAAAUUUUUCAUCAGAUGAUGAUGAUCAUUUCAAAAGAAGAAAUAGAAGAUUAUCAAUAAAUAAAUCUCCAACUAAUAAAUCAUCAUUUUCAUCAUCAACCACCACUUCAACUACAGCAACUACAACUUCAUCAACAACAACAUCAGAAGAAAUAGAAUCAGAAUUAAUAGAAGAGGAACAAGAAACAGAAGUUAAUGAAGAAGAUGAAGAAGAAGAUGUAGAAGAUUCAAAAAACCCACCCCAACAACAACAAUUCAAUUCAAAUAAUUCAUCAGAUGAAUCAGAUGAUGAUAUAAUUUUCGAUGAUGAAAAAACAUUAGCAAAUUCAUUAUGUUUAAAAUUCCCAACAAUAUCAACUCCACAAAAAUUUAUAAAUUCAGUAGAAGAAUUAUCUCGUAUUGAUUUAUUUAUAUCAAAAAGAAUAGGACUUUAUAUAAAUUUUGAUUAUUCAUUAAAUUUAAAUUUUGAAAAAAAUAAACAUUUAAUAGAAUUUGGUAAUUUUACAUUUUGGUGGUUUUUCAUUGAUUUAAUGAAAAAAUUAUUUAUAAUUAAUCCAAGAGAUAGAAUUAAUGCAUUAGAAGCUUUAAAUCAUCCUUGGUUUAAUUUGGGGAUUGAAGAUGAAGGUACUGUUUAA